AUGCACGGCCCUCAGCAUCAGGCAAUGAAUCGCCGCGUCUCUGGCGGUCAGGUUCCUCAGCAAGCCAAUCUCCAGAACCUCGGCGUAAACCCCGCCCCGCCCAGCCAGCCCCACUCCAACGCCUCUCAUCCUCACGGUCAGGCUAACUCGCACCCUCAUCCCGGCCACCCGUCGCUGUCGCCGACCCGCCUGGACCUCGCCGCCCUCUUCCCCGCCGCCCAAAUCGACAGCAACAAUGGCCCAAACCCGACUGAGUACUACAAUGCCCGUAUGCUGCCGGGGUACCAGCAAGGCCUGCCUACGCAGUCGGGGGCGCAGGGAGGACGAGGCCGCCGAUCCGAGGAUGCGGUUGCAGCCGCACUAGGGAUGCACACAGCGGCUCCCACGCACCCAUCCAACCCACCCCAACUCCAGAUGCACCGUCACAGUCCGGGGGCGAUGGCGCGCAGCCCGAGCGCUUCCGGCGUUAUGGUGGAGGACGACCCCGUCAAGCCUUUCCUUGACGGCUUCGCGGCGGCAGUCAACGAACCGACACAGCGCGCAAUGUGGACCGAGCUUAUCAAGCUCAAGACCAAGAGUCUCGAGCAUGCCAUUGCCGACGCCCGCGCCCGCGAGCGCACCGCCGAGGUCACACUCCUCAAGCUGCAGCAGGGCAUCCGUUCGAUCAACCAGAACCGCCAAAGCUUGCAAGUCGGCGGAUUCCAACAGGGUGCCAACUACAGCAACUUCCCCCUGGUCGCUCAUGCCCGCUCCCCCGCUGUUGAACCCCAACAGGGCUUCCCAGAGGCCGUGCCUAACGUUACCAUGCCACCUCCCCAGCAGCCCCAGCAACCCCAGCAGCCCCAGCAGGCCCAGCAGCCCCAGCAGCCCCAGCAGGCCCAGCAGGCCCAGCCGCCUCCGCCGCAGCAACAACAACAACAAGUUCAACAACAGCUGAGUCAGCAACAACAGGCGGCACAAUUCAGCAACGAGCUUGGGCCGAUGACGAUGUCACCAUUCGACCUGGAAGCCAUGCUCCAAGGCGCCGGGAACAGCCUCGACAAUCUCUUCGCCUGGCUUCCCGACAACGGCGCGACCGACAUGCCGAAGACCGCGAACCCGGCAGACCUCCUUGUCGGUGGCGAGCUGAUGAUGCCGAUGGGUUCGUCUAUAACGGACGGCCCGACGCCAAUCACCCCGGCGUCACCACCCAUCAAGCGGCCCCACUCUCCCGAGAGCGACGAGUCGCCAGCCGCACCACCAGCAAAAAAGGGCAAGGUGCGUGGUGAGAAGAAACUCGUGAUUGAGCAGCAUGCGUGCUGCCAACAGUGCGGUACGACGAUUGCGCGUGUGCUCAUCCGCGCACCCAAGAGCGCUAUUCCGUCGCCGAUCAGCGUCGAGUUUCGGUGUCCCGACUGCACCGGGGUGCACCAGCCACCAACGUUCGACCCGCAUGCGGCAAUGGGUUCGGGGCCAGCGAUAGGCAGCACGGAGACGCGCAAGCGCAUGCGCACGGCGAUGGAGGACGACGACAUGCUCAGCGACGACCCGUCGCGUCGUCGCUGUUUCUGCGACGUGUGCCAGCGCGUCGUGUGUGUCGGGCAGGUGGUGGGUGGCCCUGAGCGCCAGCCUCUCGGCAACAUGACUGAGAUCGUGUGCGCCUCCUGUGAUUCCAAGUACCAGCGGUGUACGGACUGCGGUGGCGGCGGAGGGCCACGUGUCGGCAUCGGCAAGUGGCGCCUCAAGCAGGUGUUCCAGGUCGGCCGCAAGACUUGCUCUCUCUCGCACAACCGCUUGGGCGACCGACCACGCGAGAUUGGUGUACAUGUAACUCCCUCCGACUUUACCCCCGAGCAGCUCAAGGAGGUUGUCGCGCGCUGCAAGACACUGUGGACAGAGAAGACGCUCAGCCGCUUGGCCGUGCCAGAAAUGUUAGAAAUCGACUUGCCGCCACACAUCACCAACCCGCUGCGUAAUUACAACGACGUCGAGAACAUUGUGCACCGCUGUUGGCCUUCGCGCGAGGCCAUGAUCCGCGCCGAGGGCGCCGACCCCGCUCGCUUCAAGCGCCUCUUAGGGCUGACGUGGGCACAUGCGCGCAGCCGGCGCAGCGUGCGCACUGUCGACAUCGAAGAGCAGUAUGCACACCACCAACAGGCCGAUGACGACAAUGUCAGCACGGUGCUAGCGAAUGUCAAGCGCACCACCGCAGUGAUCCCACCUGGGUCCGAGCUGAUCGGGAUGUGGGGUGGCGAGUGGGACAUGGACAGUGGCUCGCUACUCGUCUCGACGCUUAUCCCGUUCGAGGGCACCGAUGGAGAGGACCACUCGGCCUUAUCAGUAGGCGAGCUCAUCACCAAGGUCCAACAACUACAGCAAGCCAUGAACGAGCAGCGCACGACCGAGGCGGCCGUGGCGGGUUGCAAGUCCGAGCUCGUUCGUCCCUGCGAGCACCUGUGGGUCGUCAGCGGAGGCUCAAUGCCGCUCAUCCGUGAGCGCAUGGCCGACAUCCUUGUGCGCAAGCGCUCCUUUGUCCACGUCGAGGAGUACCUCACGCGUCACCCGGACUUUGUCAACGCUCUCAAGGCCCGACCCGCCGGCCUGCACCCCGAGCAGCACGAGCCCCUACCUCACCAAGUCGAGAAGGACCACAUGUACCGAGGCCCCGGGCCACUCGUGCUGGUCCGUUGGCUGGGGAAGGACUAUGACGCACAAAAGAUCCUGGAGAUCAAGCAGAUGGAGUUUGGAGGCAGCAAGGCCAAGAAGCUCAAGAAGAUGCCGAAGAGCAAGGUGUAG